AUGGGAAUAGGUUUCUUUCAUGUUUCAAUGCCUCAAACAAGCAUCAAAAGCAACGAACUUGAAAUUUAUAUAAGAAAAUUAAACGACAACGCUUUCUCAAUUAUUAAGCUUUUAGAAGUAAGCAUUUUGAGAAUAAAUUCUCAUCCAUCUAUGGUUUGUGUUGAUUCGUCCUACAAUUAUUAUGAAUAA